CUUUUAAAAUCGACUACACAAGUACUUUGCGUGACCGAAAUUCACUCGUCAUCUGCCAUGCAGCAACUCGAACCGUCAUUUGCAUAUACGCAAUUUCUCCACACCUCCACCAUAGUACACUAACACGAAAUGGAUAGGAAAAAGGCAACGUAGAUUGGCAAACUCAUGAAUUUACCCGAGACGUUUUGUUAGUUGGUGAAACAGGCUAAGCUUUAAACAGAGUAUUAAGGUAAGAUAAUUUCGCAUUACUUAGUUACGGUACAAGUGCAACAUUGCUAACUUAAAUGACGAGUACCAAAGCUUUUAUGGAUAAAGACAGCUCACCGGAAGAUUCUCGCUGUUUUUCUCUAGAAGUGCAAAGAGAGGAAAGAGCAUGUAAUGAUGAGACCGCUGGAGUUCAUAGACAACUAACUUCUAAUCACUCAAAUGCACCACAACUUGUUUCAACAUCCUCGGAACUUGAUUUAACAGGCGUAAAACUUGUUUCAACACUCCUGUUUGCACAAGAAGUGGGAAAAGAGACCGGUGGAGUUCAUAGACAGCUAACUUCUAAUCAUUCACAUGCACCACAAUUUGUUUCAACACCCCAAAAACUUGUUUCAGCACCCCAGUUUUCACAAAAAGUACAAAAAGAGUGUCCACGUAAUGAGGCGACCGGUGGAGUUCAUAGACAGCCAACUUUUGAUCCUUCAAAUGUACCACAACUUGAUGUUUUAACACUCCUAGAACCUGUUUCAUCAGAUGCAAGUGAAGAAGUAUCAAGUUCUAAACUACCUGAAACUGAAGAAAAAAUAGAUGUGAUAUACCAACACACUCUUGAAAAAAUAAAUGAAAAAAAGGGCGGGAGCAAGUUGGAUAUCGAAGAUUUAGGUAUUUUAAAGAGAGGUUCUGGAGGUUCAGUUAUCAACAAAUGCCGAUAUAAAGAAAAAAUUGGCAAAUCAGGUUAUAAAUACAUGGCUGCUAAACGGAUGAAUAUAAGUUCUUUUCCCGAUUUUAAAACCGAAAUCGAACAUGCGGCAAAUCACAGUAACCAUGAAAACAUUGCUGGUUAUGAGAGACAUGUACUGGAAGAUGGCUAUGUUACUCUGUAUAUGGAGUUGUGUGAUUUCACAUUAGAAUCGCUUAUUCGUAAGGAUUAUAAGGAAGUAAAUGAAGCGGUUGUGAAACAAUGUCCAGAUCCAAAGGAAAUAUUGCGUGCAGCAGUUAAAGGAAUCAAACAUUUGCAUGGGCAUAACAUUUUGCAUAUGGACAUUAAACCAAGCAACUUUAUGUUUAAAGAAGAUAGUAUAAAAGCUGGAAAGUUCCGUUAUGUUUUAAAGAUCAUUGACUUUGGCUUGAGCAAAAAAAUAGAUCCUGACAGAUCUUGCGCAUCAACUUGUGAUGUUGUGGGCACAAGGAGUUAUAUGUCACCAGAGCACCAUAAUCAAACUUCUUUUAAACCAACAAAGGCAACCGACAUGUUCUCACUGGGGUUGUUGUUUUAUUAUGUAUUAACAAAGGGAAAACAUCCAUUUGGAGCCAAAGAAAAUGCAAUUGCAUUUCAUAUAGAAGAAUAUAUGGAGCAGCCCUCUCUGAAAGGAUUGGUUUUAGACAACAAAGAGGAUGAAGUUCUGGCAAGAGAUUUGGUUUUAAGAAUGAUACAAAAGCUUCCUGAGGACAGACCAACAAUUGAAGAGGUUGAAAUUCAUCCUUACUUUUGGAAUGCUGAAAAAAAAGACUCCUUUUACAGGGCUGCCAAUGCUAUUAUCAUGGUGUAUGAUAAAAGUAAUGUGAAAUCAGACGGUGGCCGUUUUUUGGCAUCAUUGAAUGAGUUGAGGGAAAACAUGAAAAGAGAUAAUCUUAAGUUAGCGCACAUCCCGAAGUAUCAAGGAAAGCCGAACAAACAAACCGGGGAGCUUCGAGAAAUGGAUUACAAGAAUGUUCAAACCUAUGUUAGGUUUGUAAGGAACACUCUGGAACAUUGGAAUGAUUGUUUCGCACAUUUGAAAAAAGAAGAAAAGGAUAAGCUUCCUAAGAAAAUCGAAGAUAGAUUACGAAUGUUGACUUCGGCAUACCCUGAUAUAUUGCGUGAUCUCUACUAUAAACUGGUCACGGAUGCAAACUUCCAAGAUAAGUUUGGAGAACUGGCCAAAAUUGACUUAACAAAGGUGAAAUCAAAAAUCCAGGAUCCAAAGAAAGAUGGCGCAGUAUAAGCCUACCAGAUGAUUUUAGUAUUUCCUUUAAUUUUUAUGCAAUUGUGAUAUUUUAUACUUUUACCAACAUUUAGAUUUCAGUAUAUCCUUCAAUUAAUAUCACUUUAUAUGCAAUUGUGGUAUUUUAUACUUUGACUAACAUUCAAUUAGAAGUUCAACUGCACUAACUUGCACUUGGUAAUGUUUCAAUCAGCUUGUAUACAUUACAUUUUAACAUCAAUAAUAUUGUAUAUAAGGUUUUGCGUAGUUUUUACCAAUAGAGAUAGUAAACUGUA